GACAAAAUCUCCUCGCCAUGUAAGCAACCGCCAUUCACAAACUACACCACAUACAACUGGCGAAAUGACCAUUACCAAACCAGCUCUCUUCCGGCCCAUCAAAGCCGGCUCACUCACCCUCAAGCACCGUGUCGUUCUCGCCCCCCUCACGCGAAUGAGGGCGGAUGUUUCGACUGCGGUGCCAAAUGACCUUAGUGCAGAGUACUAUGCCCAGCGGUCAACAGACGGCGGCCUGCUCAUCAGCGAGGCCACUUUCAUCGCUGCCGAAGCCGGUGGUAUAUCUGGAGUUCCAGGCAUCUACUCGCCGCAGCAGAUUGCCAAGUGGAAGGAGACGACAGAUGCAGUGCACAAGAAGGGCGGCCUCAUCUUCCUCCAGCUGUGGGCUCUUGGACGUGUAGCCAACCCCAAGCUCGUGCCGACUGUGUGGGCAGUAUCUGGCAACAAGCCGUUUAGCAGGUCUGACAACAUUCCGACGCCUGUCACCCAGCUCGCGGCAGCCGAUAUUGACAGGUUUGUGGGUCACUACCGCCAGGCGGCUUUGAACGCCAUCGAGGCCGGCUUCGAUGGCGUCGAGAUUCAUGGUGCAAACGGAUACCUUGUCGACCAGUUCCUUCAGCCAGUGUCCAAUGAUCGCACCGACGAAUACGGUGGUAGCCUUGAGAACCGCUUGCGAUUCCCCCUCCGCGUCCUCAACGCCGUAUCUCAGGCGAUCGGCCCCGAACGCGUCGGCAUUCGCGCAUCGCCGUUCGGCGAGUUCCAGGGUAUGCGCGGGGACUUCGACCCCCUCACCACGUUCACUCAGUGGUUCAAGGCGAUUGUAGCAGCGCAGCCCAAACUGGCGUAUGUCCACGCGGUCGCCCCACGCGUAAGCGGUGUCAGUGAUGUCGAUCAGUCUUUGGUGGACAAGCGGGGCGACUCGCUCGACUCCCUACGUGCCAUCGUGCAAGCUGCGGGCAUUGCAUUCAUCUCUGCCGGCGGAGCGACGCCGGCUGAUGCGCUUGCGGAGGCUGAGAAGGUUGGCGACCUCAUUGCCUUUGGGCGAUACUUUAUCUCCAACCCAGACCUCCCCGCCCGUAUCGAGAACGGCUGGGAGUUGACCCCGUACAACCGCAAGACGUUUUACACACCAGGUGCUGAGGGCUAUACCGACUAUCCAGUUCACAAUGCGCGGCUCUAGUGUGAAGUCUCAGCCGGCGGUCGCAAUGAUCCCCGUGCGCGGUCAGGGUGAGAGCAGUAUCAAACUGGACAGGUCACUGGAUGCAGAAGUGCUUGCAUGGGGUACGGGUAUGAGUCUGACUUUGGUCUGACGGCCGUGUCGCGGUACAGAGCACUGUGAGAAUUGUCCACUGCUUGGUGCGAGCUAUUGUCCCUGUCCUGAUAGAGGCGCUGGCUCGAAGGAGUUCUCACUGCAUCGAUCCCGAGAUUGCGAACUGCUGGUUCUGGUUGCCAUCAUAGCAUUGCCAGAUCUGAAGAACCGUCCCGUGCACGGCGAGGCCAUCGGUCGUGUCCAUGCACAGGUCUGUGUCCGGCGAGCCCAAUCUUGCCGUCGUGAACGUGCCAGCGCUGCUGCGGUACAUCAUAGCAAUCCCACACCUUGAGCUUGACGCCGUUACCAGGUGCUGCAAAAUCAGCUCUGCGUGCUGACUGUAUGCAGUUUGCUCACAGAGCCCCGCGUCGACGCACUUUUACUCGCCGGUGAUCAGAAACAUUUUGAUCUGUCCCCAACCUCCAGAGGGGAGGAUCCAGGUGUCGGGGGUGUACCGGGCACCACUGGAGCUACCAAGGUCAGAACUGGGAUACAUACAGGGAACUUGCAGGAUGAGUGGAAGGCCAUUGGAGAUGUGGUCGAGCGAGUCGCGGGAAAUGGCGGCGUUGAGUCGCUGACCUGCCGGAGCAAUUACUGGUCGGAUGUACUUGACAUUGCUGGGCGGCUGCUGGCGCUCGUCCAGUUCAACGAGGGGAGAUGCGGAUAAGAGGGAGGCGAAGGCGAGGAGAGUGAAUGGGGUGCGCAUGGCGGAUGUCG